CUUCCAGGCCUGAGUCGGUCUCCGCUAUUCUUGCAAAUGACAAGGGCCAGAGACUGCUUUAGAAGUAGGGAAGGCUGCCUCGUGGACAGUUCCCCCCUCUUUCAGGUGAUCUGCCUUUAGCUGAAAGUGCCCCUUGACGGCUUGACUGCUUCUGGGGCUUUGCGAGGCAGCUUUGUAGGUGUAAAGCAGCUACUGUGGAAGGACAACCUGUUCCCCAAAACAACGGCGGCGGAUUACGUGUGUGACAUGUCACCAACUAUCUCACUCAAGGACAGCAGUCGGCAGCGCCGGACUGGAAGCUACCAGCAUCCUCUGGAGGUGAUGAAGAGUGACUCUCCACCCUUGGACCUUUAUGAGGGUGGCCAUCCUGAGACAGUUGGUGGAGAUGAUAGAGAAGCUCUGCUUCAGGAACCGAGUUCUAGACCCACCAGGACUCCCCGAGGCUAUCGAGCAGAACUGGGCAGUAUCUUGCUUCUCCUUUUCCUCUAUGUGCUGCAGGGUAUUCCUCUGGGGCUUGCGGGCAGCAUACCUCUCAUCUUACAAAGCAAGAAUGUUAGCUACACAGACCAGGCCUUUUUUAGUUUUGUUUUCUGGCCCUUCAGCCUGAAACUGCUUUGGGCCCCCAUGGUGGAUGCUGUGUACUUCAAGAGCUUUGGUCGCCGCAAGUCUUGGCUUGUGCCCACUCAGUACGUCUUAGGACUUUUUAUGAUGUACCUUUCUAAGCAGGUGGACUCUCUACUUGGGGAGGUAGAAGGCAAAAGCCCAGAUGUGGUGGCACUUACUGUGACUUUCUUCUUAUUUGAGUUCUUGGCAGCCACUCAAGAUAUAGCUGUGGAUGGCUGGGCAUUAACUAUGUUGUCCAGGGAGAACGUGGGCUAUGCUUCCACUUGUAACUCUGUGGGCCAGACAGCUGGUUACUUCCUGGGGAAUGUCUUGUUCUUGGCCCUUGAAUCUGCUUCCUUUUGUAACAAAUAUUUGCGCUUUGAGCCUCAACCACGUGGGAUUGUUACGCUUUCAGAUUUCCUGUUUUUCUGGGGUGCCAUUUUCUUAAUAACCACCACCUUGGUUGCACUCUUGAAAAAAGAAAAUAAGGAAGUAAGCUUGUCUAGAGAAGAAACAAAAGGCAUCACGGAUACAUACAAGCUGCUUUUCUCUAUCAUCAGAAUGCCAGCAGUCCUUACGUUCUGUGUCCUGGUUUUAACGGCAAAAAUUGGCUUCUCAGCAGCAGAUGCGGUUACAGGACUCAAACUGGUAGAAGAAGGAGUGCCUAAGGAACACUUGGCUCUGCUUGCUGUUCCAAUGGUCCCCCUGCAGAUCAUAUUGCCUCUGAUCAUCAGCAAGUACACAGCAGGCCCACAGCCUCUGAACACAUUUUACAAAGCCAUGCCAUUUAGGUUAUUGCUUGGGUUGGAAUUUGCCUUCUUGGUUUGGUGGACUCCCAGAGUAAAAUAUGAAGGAGGAUUUCCUAUCUAUUAUUAUUUUAUAUUAUUGCUGAGUUAUGCUUUGCAUCAGAUUACACUGUACAGCAUGUAUGUUGCUGUAAUGGCUUUCAAUGCCAAAGUGAGCGACCCACUCAUUGGUGGCACCUACAUGACGCUUCUUAACACAGUAUCGAAUCUGGGAGGAAACUGGCCUGCCACAGUAGCUCUUUGGCUUGUGGAUCCACUUACGGUGAAGGAAUGUGUUGGAGUUCAGGGACACGACUGUGGGACUGCAGCUGCUGCUGAACUUUGUACAAAAGAAGGUGGCUCAUGUGUAAUAACCCUUGAUGGUUAUUAUGUGGAGUCCAUAACAUGUGUUGUUUUAGGAUUUGCUUGGUGGCUCUUUCUUGGACCGAAAUUUAAAAAGCUGCAGGAUGAGCGACCAUCUUCAUGGAAAUGCAGGAGAACCAGCUAAUGGAAAUCACAUACAAGAAACACUAGCAAAGUUUUGGCUUAGUCCUGGGACAAAGGUGUCUUCCCUAAAAUGAGUCCACAAGAGAACAAACUUAUCUGUUGGGGAAAGAGCAGUCAAUGUACAAAUGCCAAAUAACUUUGCGCAAAAAAAAAGAGUAAAGCCAGGAAAGUAAUAUACGGAUAUGUGAUAAAGUCAGCCCUCUCCACGUAAAAUUAUCUGUAAGGUGAGAAAAAAACACACUCAAACAGCAUUUUCAAACUAUGGAGCUGCUUCAGCCCAAAAUAUGCAGUUGUCUAAAGAAAUCAAUGUUAUCUCUUAGUAUAGAUC